AUGCAUAAUUUUAAUGGUUAAAUAGGUAUAGGUUAAAUCCAAACAACUAAGCAAAUAACUAAAGUAGACUCAGGUUAUUUAAUUCAGAAUUAAGAAAAUUUUUCUGGCCCAAUAUCACACAGUUUCACUCAGCAAACUUUGGAUAGAGAUAGUUAUAUCAAACAAACAGGAAAUAAAUUGAUUUAUGAAAUUUAAAUACGUGUUGAUGAAAAUAUUUAGCUUUUUAGUAUAUAAUAUCCUACCUUACCUGAUGUCUUGGCUCUUUGCAAUAGUACCUUUAGCUUUAUGAUGAUUUUAGGUUUCUUUGCUAGGAAAAUAACUCAAAAAUUGAUUCUUUAAGAGAUGUUUAUCUUAAUUUUACAAAAUAUUUAUUAAGAAACUUAUUCUAAGAUAUUGAAAAUAAACAAAUUUGUAAAUUUCAGCUUGGAUUUGUAGCUCAAACAAAUGUAAGUAGCUAAAAAGGUAGAAGAAGCAGUAAACAUAGAAGAAGGAGAUGAUAAAAUCUCAUAAAAGUCUAGCCCUAUAAUGAUUCCAUUUAUUUCGCCUAGGCUUGGUCAUACUAAGUUUACAAUAAAUAAAAAUUUAGUUAAUGAAGAACAGUAGUCUAUUUAAGAUUAAAAUUCCAUCUAUACUUCUUUAGAGCAAAAAACAGAAUUAAUCAGUUAAGAUUAUGGAAGUAGGAUUUAAAGUGCAGGAUUGAAAAAUAGAAAAAAAAACAAUUCUAUCACGAAUAAAAAUGCUAAAUAGCCGCUAAUUCUACAUAAAAAUAAAUUCAAAUUUAAUUAAUUUAAUUAAAAUUCAACAAAAGCAGAGUCCCCUUCAUCAUUCAAUUUUAUCAAUUAACCAAAAAGUCCAACCUAAUAAGAUUAAUUAUAAAAGUCAUAUUAAUUCAAUUAAACUGCAACAGACGUUUUAAAAGACUAAAGUCUCUUUUAGACAAUAAGCCAAAAAAUAAAAGCUCUAAGUGAAAAGCCAAUUUCGUAGAAAGUACAAAACCUUGUAUUCAAAACAAGGUUUUUCAAAGAAAGGAAGUUUUUAGAAUCUUAGGGAUUAAAUAGAUAAAUGAUAAUUGAUAUUGAAGAAUAAGUAAAUGAUAGUUUAGACUACUUAAAGAUUUACUAAGACAUUCUUAUGCUAAAGAAAGCUAUAUUUAUACUUUUAACAAAAGAGCAGCUUGCAGCCUUACAACUAGUAGGUUUUUCGGAUAAUUAAGCUAGAUCAGUAACAGAUUUGAAUUCUAAGAUAGAUAUAUUCUCAGCAUAAAUUGACAAAACAGAUAAAAAUUAUUUUGAAGAGCAAUUUAAUAUACACAAAUCAAGCUAAGUACAAGCCUAAUACAUUUAUUAAUUUAUAUCAAAAUGCUAAAAAUAACAAAACAUGAGCAUAGUAGAUCAAAGAUUACUUUCUUCUUUAAAAAUAAACCAUUGUAACUGA